AUGAUAGAGGUCACCUUUGACCAGGAUCUAUAUCGAAUCGAUUCGAUAAGUUGUCCAAACUUCACAUGUCCGGCUCCAGCCGCCAUCGAUUGCUCUUGCGACUACACCAAUCCACUGCGAUGUGGACACCCCGUGUCGGACGAUCCAUCGUGUCCGCCAUGCCCCACCUUGUACAACUACACAUUGGUCACACACGAGCUGCGGCCUCCCGGCAUGUACCCCGUCGUGCAGCUGCCCUACUGCGGCAAAGACCUCACAUGGACGACCAUUGAGGCCAACCGCACCUACACUAUAUACGAUCUGUCGCAGGAGGUCGAGUUCCGCUACAAGGCCCAGCCCUACUGCGAAUCCGUCACCAUACGCAUACGUAUGGUCGGUGGAGAGACCAACGACAAUGCCGUCCUAAUCAAUCAUCAGCUAUGGGCCUAUCAAAUAUCAAACAUUGGCGAGAUCAUGCGGGACAUCUGCCCGGGCAAUCAAUCAUUGCAACAGGAUUAUCCGUCAACAAGUGGCAUCUGGACGGAUGGCACAUACUUUAUCAAGUUUAACGCAUCACUGGGUUCGGGCCCGUAUGAGCUGACAGUGCUGUCGGCGCCCAUCGCGCCCAUCAUCAAGUCCGAGGCCAAAUGCACGACGGUCGAUAAAUAUCAUCGAUGUCUAUACGAUGGCCAACUCAUACUCGGACACAACUAUGACUACUACUCAUUCAAUGUUACGCGACCCAUGACACUGACCAUGUCGUGCAAGGGCAUGGGCACCACUUCACCGCGCAUCUACGCCUCGGACGAGAUUGUCUACCCAUACCUAAUGGACCACAAGUGGACGGACAGAUUCGACAGUCGACUCACCAUCCCCAUCGAGCCAUACCCCAACGGCACGGCAAAGAUACUAUAUUACCUCAUUGAAUCUACAACCCAUUCUUACAACUACACCUGCUCGAUAACAAGUAGCGCGCCGACAUGGAUGCGCCCGCUGGUGUCGGACGGCGAUCAGUACAUAGAGUCCGAUCAGAACGACCUGCAGAACUCGGCCGACCUGAGGACGAGCAACGGGUCGAUUCUGAAUGGCAACGGCAACUUUAAUGGCGGCUUCAUCAACAUCUUCCCCAGGACGUUUGGCAACCCGUUCUGGCCAGUCAUGGGAAACCUCAUCAAUAGCAUCGGCAGCCUGUUCCCAGCUGGCAACAUCGACAUGUUGGGCACGUUCGAGCGGGACAACGCACCCAAGAAGCGCACAUUCCAGGCGGCCGUCGUCCUAAACUACACUCUGCCCGAAUGGCACCUGGUCAAGCUGUUUGACGAAUCCGAGCUGACCAGUCUGCAGCUGGUGUUCCGCGGCGGCCUACUCGUGUUUAGUGAUGGCACGCCACUACGGGGCAAUGUGUCGCUCACGCUGGGCAGCCUGCCAACCGAGUGCGACUACGACAAGUUCCAGAUCACGUACGAUACAUUGGCCGAGUUUGACCAGGGUGUGCUCCAGUACAGCACAUUGACCAAGUUGACACGGGCACGCUACAUGAUUGACAUGUUCAUGUUCCGUGACGCUUGGCUCGUGUGUCAGAACCAAGCCGAUCAGAUGUUCGAGCUGACCGAGGCCGAUCUAGUUAUAAACACAACAAGCUGCAACUACACGCUGCCCUACCAGACAGAUCCAUGUUGCAACUUCACGAUCUCAUUCUUCCAAUGUUGCCAGCAAAGACUCGCCACCGUCCCCUCCAAGGGAUUCCAAAUCGACAAAGCUCGAGUCCAGUCAAAGUGUUCCAGCCCACAAUGUACAGAGUCAUUGAUAUCUGAUUACUUUGCCAAUUGGCUAGAGGUGGACAGUGGCAAGUGUGCUAUACUAAAGACAACGGCAAUGGAGUAUGCAGUGACAGAGUAUAAUCUAAUGUUCCUCAAAACAAUGGCCCAGUGUAAGGCUGUCUAUGACAACGUGCGAUGCUCUCGUGAUGCCGACUGCCCAGACAGUCCAUGCAACGUUGUGACCAGGCAAUGUGAGACGCCAGUGCUCACCCAGGACAAGCGAUAUCUUGAUUGCCUGACAAAGAAUGUAUCAUUGUCAGUUGUUGACUAUAUCGCGCACAAGUACUUUGGACUGAAUGGCACAUCGCCAUCACUGGUGGAUAGGAUGUUUGAGUUGUUGGCAAAGCAGGACUGUACCACUACAACUGGUUUGGUGUACCGCAACCACAUCGAAUACACUAGCUACCUUGAUUUCAACUUGACUGGACAUUGCCUGCCCAACAAACCAGUCUACGACAUGGCCAUUUCUGAUCUACACAACAUAUGCUUGGAGAUAUUCUAUUCAAACUACAAGGAAAUCAAUUAUAACGACACCUGUGACGAGGUGCAGCUGUGUCCGUGGUCUGGCUGCAACAUAUUGGACGACGAUACUUGCACUAGCAGUUGCGAGACCAAGCCAGAGUUCUGCGGCUACUGUCCAUCAUCGACUUCUGCCUGCGUCGACUUUGCCUCGCUGACCAACAAGUCCAGUUGCGACUCGCAGCCACAUGUUUGUUUGUUGACCGAUGGCCAAUACAGACUGGUGGCGAGCGAGCAGGAGUGCCAGCAGCUGGGCCGCUGCACAGAACCAUGUGGAUACCAAUGCACAGGAUACAAGGGAUGCGUCUCGACCAGCAUCCACAACGAAACAGAAUGUAUCGCAGUGCUCGAUCACACAUGGGACAACACCUUAUCACUCUGUCUCAACACAAUGACCCAACAGCAGUGUGUCGGUACCGCGGACAAUCAAUGGGAGGACUGCUCAUUACGCGAGUUUAGUGAGUGUCUGUCUCCAUUAAGCGCGUCACUGUGUGUUGCCAAGCCGGUCGAAUGCACUUCAGCCGAUCAAUGUGAGCGCGAGUCUGGAACAUGCUCCGAUCAAUUCUUCUUCACGCCAGAGGUCACGCAGUUCUACCCGCCACAAUAUGGCAAGUGUGUACAUGGUCACACUAUAAUCAUGCCAUCACCCAACAAGACUAUCUAUUAUCCAAUCUCUGGCUGCGACCCCUACGAAGACCUCGAGUCCCAGAUGGGCUGUUUCAGUGCCGAAGAGGUGAUCAGCAAGGAGGAAUGUCUGGCGCGUCCAGGCAGCCGUUGGUGGACACCGGCCAACGCGUCGACCUGCGAGACGAUCAAAGGCUGUUCCAUGAAACGAGAGAUGACUCUCUUCCCCAACAAUAUAUUGUUCAAUGACAUGGACGAGGAGACGUGCGGAGGAUGUCCAAUGUACCGCGAAGAAUAUAAAUGGACCAACAGAUUCACACUCAGGCGCGGCAAAUGGAUGCCCGGCAUGAUGGUGCCCGCGACUUGGAUGAACACCACCGACGCAAUGGUUCACCCGACCGCCAAUCGACAGACCCUCAUCUUGCGCGAAGUGUAUAACUUCUUUCAGGACAACUAUGACGAGUACACCAAGGUCGACGAUGUGAAGCGUGGCACAGUGUGUAGGGCCACGCGUAUUAGACAGACGCUCGAAGCGAUAACCUGUAGCUGCUCGGGUCCGGGUGGCCCGCAGUGCUUCAAGUCUUCGUCGCAGACCAUUGGCUCGACCAAGGUGUGCGAGCUGACCGAGUCCCGCUACGACUUCUCCUUUGGCUGGGUGGUGUUCUUCGAGGGCACCGUGGGCUACACGUGCCAGACCGUCGUCAUGAGCCAGAUCAAUCGACAACUCUACAAGGCGCCGCCCCAAGAGUCGCUGACAUCCAGUUUCUUCACGUACACCAAGCUGGACGACUACGCCAUCCUCCGCGAUCAGAAGCAGAUGGGCGUAAUACUCAGCGAUGGCUUUGAGCUGCAGCUCGAGUCGCUCAGCCAGUACCAUCUGUGUCUGCGCAUCGAGAACGAUUACGACCCGGACCGCUACCCCACCCUGGACUUUGGCGAGAUGUCUAGCGACAACAAUAUCGAGGCGCUCAAUAUCAAUACAAGCGUCGAGGUCAAGAACAACGCAAAGUACCUGUGUGGCAUGAUCCCGCACAAGGGCCUUGUGCGGUCGUACUUUGCGAUCGCGCGCCAGGGCCAGCGCGCCUUCCUGGACAUGACCACCAACGUCAUUCUCUACUUCCUGGCCGUCAUGUUUGGCAUCGACGCGUUGUUUGGACUCGUGCAGCUCUACAUCAUUCUCUACAAGUUCAGUCUGAAGCGUCUGGAGCUGUCGCUGGUGCACUUGCUCAUUCUCACCGUGACCGUGUUCGCCGCCGUGCGCUCGGUCUACUUCUUCAUGGUGCCCACGGGCAAGCUGUACGCGUCGCCCGUCGCCGACUACAGCAUGGUGGUGCUGCCCACGUUCAUCUACUUCACGUCGUUCUCGAUCAUUGUCAUCCUGUGGUUCGUGUUCAUUCGCAAUAUGCGCGAGGGCACCAGUCGAUCAUUCUCGCGCAACUUCAUUCUUCUGAUGGUUGGCAUCAACUUUGUGCUCUACUGCACGUUCAUCACGAUCGUCCUGGUGUUCAACUACUCGUCCGAGGCCAAGCUCAGCGACUGUGCCGGACGUGUGCCCGUCAACCUCGCGCUCAUGUCCCAGAAGCGGGUGGUCCUGAUCAUCUACGCGAGCAUCCAAUCGUUCCUGUCCCUGGUGAUUGGCGCGGCGUUCGUGGUGUUGGGUCGCACGAUCUUCCUGAUGCUGCGCGAGUUCUCCAAGGACCGCACACACGCCGAGCAGAUCAAGUACAUCCAGCAUCAGAAGAAGAUCUACACAAUCACUCUACUAUGCUCGGUUGGCUUCAUACUGCAUUGUGUGUUUGUGUUGGUGCUGGUGUUCAUGAGCCGUCCAAGCAUCAUAUUCAGUUUCAUUGGAUUGGUUAUCACUGAGAUCAUUCCAUCAACAUGUAUCCUGAUCAACUACAAUCAGAUAGAGGUGGGUGAUCUUCGCCAAUCACUGGCCGAGUUCACAAAGAUGAUCCAAGAGUCCAUUGCCAACGCCAACAAUGAUGCUACCACCUCCACUGGUUCCUCUGCCACGGCCACUUCCUCCUCGUCCGCUACCACGUCAUCAUCCUCAUCCAAUGUCUCUGAAGUCGAGAUGAAGAACCUAAUAAGGACACGAAAUGACUAG